AUGGGGGAGAGCUACAUGUACCAGAGACUCCCCUACGCCAGAGGAGAGGAGGAGGGGGAGGAGGACGAGGAGGAGGAGGAGAGAGACAGGAGGAUCAGAGAGAGAGUCGGGGGACAAAUGGUAAAGUCUGAAGUUGUGUUGAGGACGUGCAGUGAUUCUUCUGUGUGUGUGUGUGUGUGUGUGUGUGUGUGUGUGUGUGUGUGUGUGUGUGUGUGUGUGUGUGUGUGUGUGCAUGAGUGUGUCUGUGUGCGGAUGAAUGAAUGAGUGAGUGAGUGAGUGUGUGUUUGUGACUGUGUGAGGAAUGUAGGUCUGCAGACAGACCAGGGAGGGUGGUUUUAAUUCGAUUAGUCCAGAGGUUCACAACCUGGACCUUGAGAAGUGGCUCAGACCGGGACCAUCUGGUCCACCUCUGCAGGUCUUUAAACGCGGCGUCUGUUAGUCCAGUUUGUUUCUCUAAAGUCCAAUAAUCCUCUUUUUGACUUUAGACUCUGUGACUGUAUUGAUCUAAUAUCAGCGUGUGAUUAACCCCUCAUUGAUUGAACCAAUUAUGAUCGUUUGUUUAUGUGUUAAAAUCAGGUUUAACCUUCUUGUCAUAAAAUAUCAAAUCAAUUAUUAAUUAUUAAUUAUGAUUAAAAUCAGAGAGUUUCUGGUUCAUGUCCUGGUUUUACUUUGUAGGACUGAACUGAACCCCUGUGCCACCCGUUACUGUGUGUCGACAUGAGAAUACACGUCACAGUUCAGGUCUGUGUGUGUCGGACGUUUUAAUCACAAGUUCCACUUUUAGAUUUUAAUGCAACCUCAAUUCUAAAAAGUUUGGACGCCGUGUCAAAUACUGAGAAAAGUCGAUUUUGAUGUUUUUAAAAAAUCAUCACAACAUUAUGUUUAAUAAAAAAAAUGUAAAUUUAACACAUCGAAUAGUGAAACUGAGAGAUUUGAGGGUGUAUGAAAUAUCUUGUAUCGAAGCAGACGUGGCUCUGUAGUGGAAGUCACUGCAUGGACUCAGAAACUGUACAAUAGAAACAGAAAACUAUAAAUAAAGACACGUAUCUGAACUUAUCUGAGCCUGACUCCAAAGUGUCCUGCAGUCUGACGAAUCUGAAGUUUAAAGUUCAGAUAAAAAAUUAAAACCUUUUAAGGAUUUUUAAAUAAAAUCCAAACAUUUUAAUGUCAAAGUUAAAGACGAGAAAGAAGAGUCAGAAAGUUCGGAUCAUUUUCUGUCAGAAAUGUAAAAAUCAGCAGAGACUCACUGUGGGCGUCACCCCUGUGCCGACAGAGCGCAGUGAUUGGUCGUCACAGGUGUCCUCACAUGUAUAGUAACAGACGGUAACUGUGUGUGCAGAUGCAGUGUGAGGAGGGCACAGAGUGGCUGCUGGAGCUGCUGACUGAUGUGCAGCUGCAGCAGUACUUCCUGCGGAUCCGCGAUGAGCUCAACGUCACGCGGCUUUCACACUUCGACUACGUCAAGAACGAGGACCUGGAGAAGAUUGGCAUGGGACGUCCUGGUACAGACCGUUAUCUCUGUUAUCUCUGAGGUAUGGGGAUGUUUUUACCUCUUAUUUUGUUUCGUCGUUAAAUCUUCUCCAUGUCGGGUUUUUCAGGUCAGAGGAGACUUUGGGAGGCCGUCAAGAGGAGGAGAGCUCUCUAUAAACGUAAAUCCUGGAUGAGUAAGGUACGGUACCUCUCUGCACUCUUAACACAAUAAAACAUUAAAAGAUUAAACACUGAAAUCUAAACCUGUAACCUGCUUUUCUUUCUCUCGGCGUGAAGGUGUUUCCAGUCAAACGACCAGACGCUGACCCUCAGCAGCCCGCCUCUCAGGGCGCCUCAUCCAGCCCUGCUCCUGGAAACAGCGAAUCAGCCGCUUCCCUCACGUGCCUGAUCAGAGAGUCGGAGCUGCAGCUGUUUGAGCGUUUAGGAGACGGGACGUUCGGGGUGGUCCGGAGAGGAGAGUGGACCGGACCCAACGGCAGAGUGGUGCGACCCAGAGAAAGUUUAGAACGAGCUGCUGGAUGAGAGAAUAGUUGUUUUAAAAAAAGGAUGUUUGAAAUCUGACGAUAAUGUUUUAAAACUACAGAAAAGAGAGGGGACCCAGAUUAAAGCCCUGUGGGACACCUCAGACAAGAACCAGACUGGUGUUUCCAAAUAUAGCAGUGAAAGAACUUUUUACACAGAUCAUCAAAAAACCUGUAAAACUCCAGAGACGGCCUGUCAGGAGGGUUUAACCCACAGCUCAGGUAAAGGCUGGUUUUUGUCCGUCUGUUUCUUUUCAGCUGACUGUUGCAGUCAAGUGUCUGAAGGCGGGCGUGCUGGACUCCGACGGGCUGGACGAUUUUAUCAGAGAAGUGAACGCCAUGCAUUCGCUGAGCCACCAGAACCUCAUCCGGCUUUACGGCAUCGUCCUCACACAGCCCAUGAAGAUGGUAACACACACACACACACACACACACACACACCUGAAUACAAAAGCACUGAAGCCACAGAUCAGCGCAGUCUUUAACGCGGUUUUGGUCGUCCGUGUGCAGGUGACUGAGCUGGCCCCUCUUGGUUCCCUGUUGGAUCGUCUGAGGAAGCGUCAGGGUCACAUCCUCAUCUUCUCUUUGUGUAACUACGCCGUGCAGGUCAGUUAAUAACUCAACUCAACUCAACUCAACUUUAUUUGUUAAGCACUUUAAAACAACCACAGCUGUACAAAGUGCUGUACAUAACUAGACAAAACAACAAGAUAAAAAACAAUCAAAAAAACAAUUAAAACAAUGGAUAAAAUAAAAGCAGAAUUAAAAGUAUAGUUUCUAUGUUUUUAAAAACUAAUUUAAAAACAUAGAAACAAAUAACUAAAAACAAACCAUAAAACACUAAAACAGGAGCCGAGUCUCAUGCAGGGUUAAAAGCCAAUGAAUAAAAAUGGGUUUUAAGACGACUUUUAAAAAUGGACAGAGUGGGGGCUUCUCUAAUUUGGAGGGGUAGCUCGUUCCAUAAAAUUGGGGCUGUAACAGGAGGUUAAACCAUCAGCUGUGACAGACAGGCCGCUGUUUCUACCCUCACUUUUCUUUUUAACACUUGGACAUAACUCGCAUGCUGCCUGUGCUGCAUUCGGUGAAAAUACUGCAGGAAAAUAGAGUAUUAUGGGAAAUGUAGUUCGAAAAAAAACGCCAAAGAUGUACAGCGUGUAAGAAGUCGUAUUUUUUCUGCAGGACGUCAUGAGUCCUCGUUGUAAAUGUGUCAGAAACAGAAACUUUUUAAAACCGUUUCCUCCUCCAGUAAAACGUCAGCUCUGAUGUCAUCACUCUGGUUCGCAGGUGGCGUGCGGUAUGGCGUACCUGGAGCAGAGGCGGUUCCUCCACAGGGACCUGGCCGCCCGCAACGUUCUGCUGUCCACCAAUGAAACUGUGAAGAUCGGAGACUUUGGCCUGAUGAGGGCACUGCCGACACACACAGACCAGUACAUCAUGGAGGAGGGUCACAAAAUCCCCUUUCCGUGGUGAGAAGACGUCCUGGUCUCUCACAUCCAUGAUCAGGAUUUCAAACGGUCCAGAUUUGUCCUCAAACUUCCCAAUAUUUCCUCUUCUCUUGGAUCUCCGCCCUCUCCUCUCUCCAGGUGUGCUCCAGAGUCCCUAAAGUCGCGAUCUUUCUCUCAUGCGUCCGACACCUGGAUGUUCGGGGUCACCUUAUGGGAGAUGUUCACUCACGGACAGGAGCCGUGGCUGGGCCUCAAUGGGAGUCAGGUAAAUCUUUUCACCCCAGUGUUCCCCGAACAGGAAAAGGAAAUAUCAACGCUGAGAUGUUUCAUUUCCAGAUCCUGCACAAGGUGGACGUGGAGGCUGAGCGGCUGAGUAAGCCUGACGACUGUCCUCAAGAUAUCUACAACGUCAUGCUGCAGUGCUGGAGCCCCAAACCCGAGGACAGGCCCACCUUCGUCGCCCUCAGAGACUUCCUGCUGGAGGUACUUUGAGUUUUGUGUGAAGUCAGAGAAUCACAGCGUCCAAAAUUGUUCUUAUUGAGAGGAAUAAACGUGUCCGCAGAUCAGUGAGGCAGCAGACGACACCUCACAGAGAAAAUCAGAGCGGUGCAGCUGCUGAAGACAAACAUUUACAUCUGAGUACUUCCACAAAACCACCGACUAGAUUUGUUAUCGAUCCGAACAAAUUUGAUUCACCAGGAAAUAAAGAAAAAUCAAAACGGCCCUAAAAAGAGUCGUGUUUUUUUUUCUUGAAUGAAAUGUUUUUAUUUAUUUUUGUGGCUCUACAGAAAAGUCUUCGAGCUCUUUCAAACCCUCCAAACGUGUUUUUUCAGACCAUGCCCACAGACAUGAGAGCGCUGCAGGACUUUGAGGAGGAAGACAAGCUCCACAUCAAAAUGAACGACGUCAUCACCAUCAUCGAGGGAAGGUCUGUGCUGAACUUUUGUUAUAGAUCCAGACUCUCUAAACUGUCCUGGUAUCCACCCAUUAUGGACGUCAAGUGUUUCUUUUUCAAUCGUUGAAUCUCGUCUCUUUAGGAAGUUCACUCAUCUAAACUGUAUUUUAAUUUGAGUUCUUCUGGAUCUUCUUCGUUUGUGUUUUCAGGGCAGAGCACUACUGGUGGAGAGGUCAGAACAGGCGGACGCUGCGUAUCGGUCAGUUCCCGCGUCAUGUGGUGACUUCGGUCGCUGGUUUAUCCGCUCAGGACAUCAGCCGACCUCUCAAACACUCCUUCAUCCACACCGGACACGGGGACACGGACCCUCACAGGAGCUGGGGGCACGCCGACCGCAUCGACAGGUCAAUAACGACCACUAAUUAGACUGAGGCUGAGAGGAUUUGGAUGGAUGUUCAGAUGGAGAUAAAUCAAGCUCACCUCCAGUUACUACUUCUGUGUAUUUUCCACAGUCGUCCACUAGAGGGCAGCAGUGCGCUCCAGUUCACCCACACAUGUUCUCUUUGUUGAUUUUUGUCAGAAUUAUGUUACAUUAUGGUUUAUUUCUUUUAUUUUGGCGGUGAUGUUAUUAUGGUGAGUAAGUUUACACUCGCUCUGACAAACCCCUCAGAGAAAGAUGGUUUUAUAAAGUACCGAGUGUGAGAGAGAGCGUCAUGUUUGUGUUGUUAAUCUCCACCUUAAUCCCACCGAGCCUCAUUUACGUCUCGUCUGCACUCUUCCAGUCUGUAUUUGGGGAACCCCAUGGACCCUCCUGAUGUCUUAGGAAUGGAUUCAGGUGCUGCAAGACCAACCAAACUUCCAAACCGUGCCAAGAGUAAGUAUUUAAAAAGGAUUUGAAUAAUAUUAGACGUUUGACGUUUAAGUAUUCAUACCACUUCACUUUUCCCACAUUUUGUUAUGUUACAGCCUGAUUCCAAAAUGGAUUAAAUUCCUUUUUUCCCUCAAAAAUUCGACACAAAAUACCCCAUAAUGACAAAGCGAAAAACUUUUUUUAGAACAUUUUGCAAAUUUAUUAAAAAUAAGACACUCAAAUGUUGCAUAUACAUAAAUAUUCACACCCUUUGCUAUAAAACUCAAAACUGAGCUCAGGUGCAGCCUGUUUCCACUGAUCAGCCUUUAAAUGUUCCUCCAACUUGAUUGCAGUCCACCUGUGACAAAUUCAGCUGAUUGGACAUGAUUUGGAAAGCCACACCUGUCCAUAUAAGAUCCCACAGCUGACAGAGCACGUCAGAGCACAAACCAAGCCAUGAAGUCGAAAGAAUUGUCCGUAGACCUCCGAAACAAGGUUGUAUCGGCGCACAGAUUUGGGGAAGGUUACAGAAAAAUAUCUGCUGCGUUGAAGAUCCCAAAAAGCUCAGUGGUCUCAAUCAUUAAGAAAUGGAAGACGUUUGGAACCACCAGGAUUCUUCUUAGAGCUGGCCGCCCAGCCAAAAUGAGCAAGCAGGGGAGAAGGGCCUUGGUCGGGGAGGUGACCAAGAACCCGAUGGUCACUCUGACAGAGCUCCAGCGUUAUAUGCAACAUUUGAGUGUCUUAUUUUUAAUAAAUUUAAGUUCUAAAAAAAGUUUUUGGCUUUGUCAUUAUGGGGUGUUCUGUGUAGAAUUUUUGAGGGAAAAAAUGAAUUGAAUCCAUUUUGGAAUCAGGCUGUAACUAGGGUUGGGAAUCGAGAAUCGAUGGGAAUCGGGACUAAAACUUCGAUUCUUCCGGUAUCGUUCAAAUAUUAAAAUUUCGAUUCCAAGUUUCGAUGCCAGAGUCCGCCGACCGGAAGAAAUAGACGCCGAAAAUCAAUGAAGAAGAAGCCGCUUAACACCAAUGAGGACGGAGCGUAUGAGACAAAGCCACACAGAGAGAGGACAGAGACAGAGAGAGAAAGUACAUUGUAACCCACAGCAAUGCAGCCGCUGUGGGUUACAAUGUAAUCUCUCUCUGUGCGGCUUCGUCUCAUACGCUCCGUCCUCGUUGGUGUUCGGCAGCUUCUUCUUCGUUGGUCAAAAGUUUGGCUUACUUUAGCAGGAAGAAUGAACUCUUAUCUCAAUGCAACAUUAGCAAUACAGUUAUAUCAUGCAAAGGAGGGUAAACGACCAACAUGAUUAAACACCUCAGGAUUCAUGGAGGAGAAAUACCCGAGUGCUCGUCUUUGACGCGCUUCGCCGGUGUUGUGUCGUAGAAUGCACCCCUGACGGGAGCGCGGUUGAAAGUACACAACAAGGCGAAACAAUCCAAGUUUUCCUUACCGUUGAACGGAAUCUAAAGCGUGUGCCUUUAAUGAUUUCAUUCAGGCUAUUCAGAUAUGCCGAAAGCAAUAGCCCUCUAAUUCGGAAUAUUUACUGUCCUGAAAAUAUUAUGUUCUCUACAUUAACAGCUUACCCUGCCGUUUAUAUACCCAAGUACACCUUUAUGUGUGCAUUUUUGAGACACAUACAAACAAAACGAAAGUUUACUGCUCCAUUUGACACGUUUUCAUGAUCUAAUACCCGUGUUUUAUUAAAUAUGAGAUCAUAUUUCUUCCACUAAGAAGCUAAUCAGUGGAGGGGAGGCAUUCUACGGCAGGGGUGCAUUCUACAGCACAACACCUGUCUUCCGCUAACCAGUCAGGAUCAGAUAAGUGAAACAAUAAAUGACUUCUGUCCUCUGCUAACUUUGAAACGGUAAAGAAAUUGAACUGUGUACGGUGAGUAAACUUAAAUAUCCACCUAACGUUAGCCCUUGUACUUUUUCAUAGACAAACGACCUGAAAACAAAAAUUGAUAUUUAUAUACUGGUUGAAAAUAGCUCUGUGAGAAAUCCAUAGUAAAGUUCCUAAAAAGUUAAUAGGAUUUAAAAAUUCAUGGAGAAGUUCAGAAAUUUCAUCCAAAAAGAAGAGCCCCGGUUAGCACCCUCAUUCAAACCAUGCUUUUUUUUUCUUUUUUCUUUUUUCUUUUUGAUAUCCUGCCUUUUAAAAGAAUCGAAUCAGAGAAUCGAUAGGAAUCGGAAUCGAAAUGAGGAAUCGAAAUUGGAAUCGGAAUCGUUCAAAAUCAAACGAUACCCAACCCUAGCUGUAACAUAACAAAAUGUGGAAAAAGUGAAGUGGUAUGAAUACUUUCCAGAUGAACUGUAAAUGACAUUUUAAAACUCUGGUCUUUAGAGCAGCCUCCUCCUCGUCCUCCUCAACCUGCAGUUCUGCUGAAGAGUAAGUUUCCUCUCUCUCUUCCCUCUGCUCUCCGUACCUUUAAACACACUCUGUUAUGAUCUGACGGGGGGUUUCUUCACUCGUACAGAGCCGUUCUACGACUCAGUGAUGGACGACUACGACGAUGAGGAUGACACCAGCGCUUCGUCGGGGCUGAAGAGGCUGGGAGUGUCUCUGGGUCUGAAGCUGCGGCCGUGGGAGGGGGGCUGCGUACGCACGGCGAAAAGUGAGGUGUCGCUCAUCGACUUCACUGACGACAGCUUCAGCUCGACCACGCCCUCGCCGCUCACCGAGUCACGGGCGCCAGACGAGGACACUCUGAAGGUGAAGCUCCUACAGCAGAAAAAACCUCUAAAUCGUGUUUUUGUCCGUUAAAGCACAUGACCGUGACUCUAGUGCGUUACUGUUUGUGGUAAGGUGCAGAUAGAUGCUCAGGACCAGGACUCUCUUAGGACAGAGUCGUAGUAAUCCGUGCAGACCAGGAUGAUCGUGAUGACAGUAGAUGUUCCUCCAUAAGCAUGAAGGAUUUCUCCUCCUCAGGACACUCCAUCCAUCCUGGACUGGCCUCUCCCGCAGCCAGCUUAUGACGAGGUCACCGCAGACCUGGAGGACCAAUCGGAGGACCAGGAGGUGAGGUCCAUCAACAAAGGACUGACUGAAGAGACGGUGGCCUCAGGCGGCAGCAGCAGCGGCGGCGGCGGUAUGGCGGGCAGGAGCGAGUCGCAGUCAGCUGAUCUUUUCCAGGAACUCCAGAGAGAGGUGGAGAGAGUUUGUAAACGUAAAAUAAAUAAGACUGUGAAAAUGUGAGCGAACGUAACAUUUCUGUCGGUGUUUCUGGGUCUAGGUGAUGGUGAAGCUGCAGGUUCCCAUGGCGACAGGCCGUUCUCUCCCCUCCUCCCCCCUCCCUCAGCCCCUGGCUCCUUUAGGCCCACACCGACAGAUCUAUCUGCCUCCUUCCUCCCCUUCCUCAAACUCCACCUCCUCCUUCGCCUCCUGCUUCGAGGACCGACCCGUGCUCCCCCCUCGCAGCCCCGUCCCCCCGAUGCGCCCCUCCAAACACAACCUGUCCACCCGCUCCGCCAACCCACAGUCCCGCUCCAGCUCCAUCUCCCUGGGCGACCCUGAAGACACGCCUCCCCAGAUCCCACCACGAGACCACGCCUUCUCCCAACCGGGUUCACGCUCUUCCUCUCCCCUCCCACUCGUUCCUCCUCUGUCCUCCUCCCCUGUGGCCCUCCCUCCCCCUCCGCUCUCUGUGUCCCCUCGCCGGGCCUCAGGACUCCUCGGUCCCCUCCUGUCCUCGAACUCGUCCACUUCGUCCCUGCCUCCUGUGACGUCUCAGUCCUCACGUCUCACAGUCCGUGGCUCGAACUACUCGUCCGGCUCCUUACUGGAUCCUCUCUCUUUUAGAGAGGGGCGGGGCCUGUCCUCGCUGAUUGACAGCCCUCAGAGUUCUGUACCCGCCCCCUUGCCUGAUCGACCAGCUUAUAUGGAAAGGUGGGUCUGAUAUCAAACACUGUUCUACACAAUUCCCCACAUUAUAACGCCACGCCAGACGACAUGCUGACCGCAGGAUUAUAACCUAAUCCAGCAGAUCUGUGGUCAGCUGAGUUUCAUAAAGCAGAUUUAUAAUAUUAUCAAAAUCAGUAGAAAACAGUGAAAGUGAAAAAUCAUUUCUUUAAAACUGAAUAAAUGAAAAUGUUGUUUUUAUUUCAGAGUUGAUUCUCUCAUUUCUUUGAAGCGCUUAAUUAUCCCGACGUCAUUCUUCGUCUGUCUUUUCUUUAAGAUAUGGAUCAGCCAACAUGGCGGCAGUCAAACCCAUCAUCCAGCAACAUGGAGGAGCCAAACCAAACUCCUCCUACAACAAUAACAACGGUCGUACUGCAGCUCCCAGCAUGCAACAGGAGCAGAACGUCACACAGGUAAUGAAAAGAGAACAAGAAGACUUCACCUGAUCUGUCCGGUCAUCCCGAUCAGGCCCUGACUGGUUUUGCCUUCAGAAGCCUCCGGUGUGUUUUCUGGUUAUUCCCGAGCGUUUGGAUCGAGUCACGACACAAACUGAGAGGUUUCUUUUCUUCAUGAUCUUAGAGAACAGCCAGCAGAACCGCAGAACCACAGGAACCGAUUCAAAGAACAUUUUAAAAAUACUGUAAACUACAGAGAGGCGAACACAGCUCAACACAUUUACUGCUCCUAAUCCUGAGUUGAACCCGCUCGAAUCGUACCGUGGUGCAUUUGGAAAAGAUGUUAGAGGGUUGAAUAUUGUUCAUUAAACUCCGAGUUCAUGGUUUGAUUGGCAGGUCCAAGGAGCAGUUCAUGGCGUCACGCUGGAGGAGUGUCAGACAGCUCUGCAGAGUCACGACUGGAGCGUCCCUCAGGCCAUCAAUCAUUUAAAGGUACAGCGACCUGCCAAACUUCAGACUUCUCGAUUUGAACUGGACCCAAAGAGCCUUAAAAGCUCGACUGAGUCUAUCAUGAGUGCAUGAUGUCACCAGGUACGCAAACCAAAAAAUUGUUUGUGACAACUCAAGCUGAAGUUCUCCAGAGAUUUGAACAGAUAUUCAGACUUUUUAAGAAGGGAAAAACUUUUUAAAUUAACUUUUGAAAUCGAAGGAUGAACCUGUUCGCGAAGCAUGAAAUUGUCACUGAGUGUGAGAACAGAUUUUUCAAACAAACUUCAGUUUAACAAAGAACAAUAAAAACACAAAAUACGACUGAACAUGGAUGCCUUUUCUUCUUCUUCUCUUUCUUCUUCUUGUCUGUACCUCAGGUGGAGCAGUUGUUUCGUCUGGGUCUGCGGUCCAGAGCCGAGUGCGAGGAACUCCUCCUGCGCUGCAACUGGAACCUGGAGGAGUCCAGUACGCUCAUGCUGGACUCUUAUGGACCUCAUCGAAGCACGUAAGGGAAAACUAAACUGUUAAAAAGUCAAUAAGGAAGAAAAAUCAGAUUUAGACAGUGACAGGAGUCCCUCAGGGUUCAACUCUGGGACCACUGCGGCUCUCUUCUAUUAUUUAGAGUCUAUGUAUGCUUGACAUUAUGAUUUAUUCUUUUUACUAAAUAUUUUAUAUUUUUCUCUUUUGUCGACUGUAAAAGUUUCAUCUUAAACGGUACGAAGUUGAAACCCUGAGCUCAACAGAUUUUGUAUCCCCGCUCAUGUAAAGCCACGUUAUCUCUCUAUCUCUCUCUCUCUCUCUCUCGUAGGAAGUGA